UGAACUAUAGUAAUUUCUUAUCUCAAAUGCUUCCUUUAAACCCAAUUUCAAACAAAAGAUGUUGUGGAUGCCUUCGUAGGCAAAUCCCAUAAGCGACGUGCGCUGCAGAUCUAGUUGGUGAGAGGACUUUCUAAGGUAGCAAUAUUAUUUUCUAUUUAUUUUUUAUCAAUUAACAGCUACAUUAUUUCCUAUUUUAUUACUUGUUAUGGAAAGUCAAUCACUAUGUUAUGGAAAGUCAAUCACUAUAUUAUUUCUCUAUAUAUUCUGUAUUCCUAUUUAGGAUUUCUUAUUUAGGAUUUCUUCCUAAUUAGUAGAACACAAUUAUAGGAAUCAAUUGUAUAUAUAUAUCCAUGUACAGAUUAAUUGAAAUCAAUAAGAAUUAUCUCUUUCUACAUGGUAUCAGAGCAGGUCAUCAAUCUAGGGUGACUAUUUGUUCUCACUACCCAGCUCAGGAGAGACCGUGGCCGCCGACCGGCCGUUUCGACCCCAAUCAACAUCGUCGGCGUCGCCUCAACCCCCUCAUUCCACCACUGUGUGCUGUUGCCUGAUCCAGUAUACCAUUAAAGGACUUCUGAGACAAUAAGAAUGUUAUUUCUGAUGUGAUUCCGGUGAUGACUAAGAUCACGGAACACAAACUUAAUGGUUCGAAUUACCUGGAGUGGAGUAAGACUGUUAGGGUCUAUUUGCGUAGCAUUGAUAAGGAUGAUCACCUUACUAAAGAUCCACCCACUGAUGAUACACGACAAACUUGGCUAAGGGAGGAUGCUCGGUUGUUUUUGCAGCUUCGAAACUCGAUUCAUAGUGAGGUAAUUAGUUUAAUUAAUCACUGUGAAUUUAUUAAGGAAUUAAUGGAUUACUUAGAUUUUCUGUAUUCUGGUAAAGGGAAUAUCUCCCGUAUUUAUGAUGUUUGUAAGGCAUUCUACCGUGCUGAGAAAGAGGAUAAGUCUCUCACGGCUUAUUUUAUGGAUUUUAAAUGGGUAUAUGAGGAACUUAAUGUAUUGUUGCCUUUUAAUCCUGAUGUGAAAGUUCAGCAGGCCCAACGGGAGCAACUGGCUGUUAUGAGUUUUCUUGCAGGCCUUCCUUCAGAGUAUGAGAUUGCUAAAUCUCAGAUUCUCUCCAGUUCUGAGAUUUCCUCUUUGCAUGAAACGUUCACACGGGUCCUUCGCACAGAGAGUACUCAAAUCUUCACAGCCUGCCAGUAGUGCUCUUAUUAGCCGUAAUCCAAAUGGACAAUAGGAUAAUAGAAGAGGAAGUAGAGGAGGAAUUACAGGCAACAGAAAUAAUCAGCGUAAUGGAGAAGCUAGUUCUAAUCAGGACUCAAGAGGAGUCAUUUGUUAUUA